UCUAUAUAGUUAUUUUGCAGAAUCUAAACACCCACUUUUGAAAAUGGUAUCAGCGCAGUGGGUCACGGUCCAUCUCAUAAAUAGGAUGUCUUCGGAUACCUUGAGUAUCAAAAAUGCUAUACUCUACGAUGGCAAGUGGUACAAGGACGGAAACCAGGAUCACGAAAUCUCUUACUCAGAUGUGAACGAAAAGACAGCGCCUCCAGACGGCUCUGUCAAUGUCAACUCUUGUGGCCGCUCAAAUGCGCCUUCUGGAACAACUGGAGGUUUUGAGAUAUACGACGGUGAAACGAAGAUUGGAAACGUCCACUGGGACUGUCCGUGGGGUAACAGAACCAACGAAUUCGGCGUCGAUGAAUGGAACGAAAAUUACUGGGUCCAGAUUGGAUCGUGGAGCCGCGUGGGUGGUGCCAUUGGCACCGUCGAUGUUGAAGUUGGAAAGAAGGGCUAA